AUGUCCUCUGGAUUUGUCAGUGGAGGUACCAUUGAGGAGCCCACCGAGCGAGACGAUGAAUGGCUGAGGGCUCAGCAAGAGCUCGAAGCGGAGCGGAGACGAAAGGUUGAAGAGAGUCAGCAGGACAAGGGGAAGAGUCUCUAUGAGAUUCUGCAGCAAAAUAAGGCUGCGAAACAGGAGGCAUUUGAGGAGUCCAUCAAGCUCAAAAACCAGUUUCGAUCGCUAGAUGAGGAUGAGGUGGAGUUUCUGGAUUCCAUUCUCGAAUCGACUAGGGCCCAAGAUGCAGCUUUGAAACGAGAAACUAGAGAGCAAUUAGAGAUUUUCCAUCGUCAACGUCAAGAAGCAGAGAAAGCUUUGAUUGGUACCGGCUCCGGCGACCUUAACAGUGGGGAGGCAACGUUGACUGCAGAUGAAGAACAAUGGACCAUUAGUGGUCGAAAAAGGAGAAGAGCCAAAGAGAAGGAUGCGAUCCCCGGCGUCAAGUUGAGGAAAAGCUCAUCUGCAGGUGUCAGCUCAAUUGCCGCUAGCAAGGAAUCACGAUUGACUUCGAACUCAGCAGAGAUGUCCAAAAGUUUACAAAACCCUGAUAUUUCUGUGAGCCCCCGGAGUGCCACGAAACCCGAAAGUACCGACAAGCCUGGAAGACCUACAGCUACAAGCGCCAAAGUUAUAGACCAUUCCAGGGAAACAAAGGAGGACGCGGUACCACAUGUCGUCUCAUCAGCCCUUGGAUUGGGUGCUUACAGUUCUGAAGAUGAUUGAUGUUCCCGAGAGAGUCUCUCCAUUUUAGCGCGUCGUCCCCAAUGGGCAAUGCGAUGUUGUUAAUCCCGUUCAGCGAUUUAAUGACUCUCACACAAACCUAAUCCUGCCCUGGCCGCCGUAUGGUACUAAUCCAGGGCUUCGUAGAAGUUCUUUUCUCAGCCGUCUUUAACCUCAUUUGCCCAAUGCUUAUAGGGCCAACGGGGCAUAAUUCCACCUUACUCUGUAUAUUGGGCAAUGUAAAUAUACCACUCAAAAACGUGCAGUCUUCGUCGUUAGCUUAGAACGUCUUCAAAACCACCUCAACGUUUCUCUCAG